UCAUUCAUCAAGUAGAAUAUGAAGACGAUAAACUUAAUCUGUUUGGCGGUUGUGGCCAAUGUCGUAAGUGUUGUGGCCAAUAUAGAAUUUGGACAAAAAUUCGAUAGAGUGAAUCCUCAUAUACUUGGUGGUAAUGAUGCGAAGGAGGGACAAUUUUCUUAUCAAGUAUCGCUUCGAAGUCGAAAAGGGCAUUUUUGUGGUGGUGCAAUUAUAAGCAAUAGGUUCAUAUUAUCAGCUGCACAUUGUAUGCAGGGACCCUUUGCUAGUCCGAAUUUAGUGUAUGCUGUUGUUGGAACUAUAUAUAGUUCAAAGGAUGGUGUCUACUACAGAUUAUCAACAAUUAAAUCACAUCCAGAAUAUGAUAAAAAAAAAUCACUAAAUGACCUCGCCAUACUGCGUACAACCGAAGAAAUUAUUUUUUCAAAUUUAAUUCAACCAGUUGCAUUGCCAAAAAUGCCUAGCUCACAUUUUGAUAACAAUUUUAUUCUUUCGGGUUGGGGUUGUAGCAAGCAACCGCAUCCAAUGCAAAAACCUACAAUGUCAGAUCUAUUGAAGUUUAUUAUGCCGGCAACACUUAGCACGAAGGAUUGCAUUGAAAAAUUUAAAGGUCAUCAAACCAGUGAAUUAGUUCGCGAUACAAAUAUUUGUACAAUAAGUCCAGUCGAUGUUGGCACUUGUUUUGGUGAUUCAGGUAACUUAUCAUAGCUGGGCAGACAGUAGUCUGCUAUGUAACUUGUGCAAGGAUUUCAUUCAUAAAAAACAUAUUUUACCUUGUAACAUUUUGAACAAAAUAUAAAGGUGGCCCGGCCCAUUGGUUGAUAAAUCGACUACAGAGAUAGUAGGCAUUGUUUCAUUCGGCGUUCCCUGUGCGAAAGGCUAUCAUUUU